GACCAGCGAAAUCUCCACAUUGCACCAUUAGAUUUCGACCAUAUAAACUGGUUGAUUUUCUCAUUCAUUCAUAACUUUGACAGUUCCGUACACUGCUCAGGGAUACACUUGUUUUUUGGACACUAUUUUAUACGGCGAUAUGUGGCACAAUCACAGAGACAGGCAACUGGAACGACAGGCGGCUCAUGCCCACAGGGCCGAAAUGAAGGCAGAGCACAGAGAAGCCAAGUUACAUGACAAGGCAAUAAAUGCAGCAUUACAUGGAAACUUAGGACGGGCAAUGAAUCUUGAGUCAAAGGCCAACCAGGCCCACCACAGGGCAGAGGCAGCCCACCACAGGGAACAGGCCGCGGAACACGCGCUGAACCACCAUCACCACGGACACCACCCACACGGACACGGCUUUGGGCCCCAUCAUCAUCACCACGGAGGGGCGCCGCAUAUCGAAGUGCACCACUACACGCCGCCACAGCCAGGGUACUAUCCACCUCCUGCAUCAGGGUAUCCAACCGGACAGAUCCCACCGCCACCAGCAGGGGCCGCUUAUCCCGGAAUGCCAUCCGCACCACCAGCUCCAUACCCGGGAUACCCACCUGCCGGUGGAUACCCGCCCGCUGGAGGUUACCCACCUGCUGGAGGUUACCCAUACCCGAGAUAGGUAUAGACUGCUAUGAGGAGGAGAGACAUUUGAACCAAGUCGUUCUUACAUCAGAAAAGAAGAACCUCAACGAAAUUGUGAAGGGACGAUUUCUUUGUCAACAAUCUUAGCAGAUCAAAGGCAAGGAGCGGCCAAAAAGAACCGAUCACCAUCACCAAAUUGUGCAUUUACAAUUUAUCAAUUGCUCCUCUCUUUGAAAUACAAUACAACAUAGUCAUUUCACGACCUGAAACCUCAAAACCGUAUCAUUUUUAGGACGGUGACAGUUCGCUUGGAAGUGAAAAUACAAACUUUGUUGAUCAUCGCCAUAUUCUAUUCGUCGUCGUUGUUGAUAUAAUUCUUUUAUGCAUAAGUCCAAUUAACUCAGCAAGAUGGCUGAUGUGUAUAUCAAUAAAGAUAUUUUUGUAA